AUGGUUUCGCGCAAGCGUGCCAGGGAGGAGACGGAGGAGCACGCUGGCUCCGUCGCGGAUUCCGAUACAACACAACAUGGGGGCCUUCUUCAACAGCUCCGCAGCAUGUGGGAGUUUGCGAAUCUGGGCCAGUACAUAUUCACCUUUGGCAAGGCGAUGAAAAUCGACGAGGAUUUUGAUAUUGAGCCUUGUCGCGGAGUAGGAUUUGGAGACGGAGUGUCUAAAACCCGGGCACUCGGAGAAAUUGCUGGAGAUUGGCUUGUUGCUUCUCAAAUUCGUCUCGUCACAUCGUGGUUUGUCCAGCUAACUGCGUGGACGCUAUGGAACCCAGACCGAUUGCGCGAGAAGAUGCCGGAACAAAAGGACACGGAGCAGACCGAAUGGCGCUGUGAGGAGCUAGGUUACGACCGAGAUGAACGACUUUACUAUAUUUUGGACGAUAAUCGAUUGUACCGUCGCACUAAUCCUCCGAUUCCCACCCCGAAACCUGCGAAACCCAAGGUAAAUAGUAAAAGAGGUCGAGCAGCUGCGCGAGCUGCCAAACGUCGAAAGCAAGCCGAAAGUGAUGUGAAAAGCGAAGAUGAAGAACAGGUGAAUGGCGAUUUAGAAUACAAAUGGGAAUGCAUUGCCGUUACACUCGCCGAUUACCAAGCGCUUAUUGAAAAAUUUCGAAAGACCAAGGACGCCGAUGAGAAGAUCCUACGUGACCGGCUCAUUGAAGAAGUACUCCCAACCAUCGAGAAGCUCGAGGAAGCUCAACAGAAGGAAAUACAACGCAGAGAGAAGGAACUUUUGAACCUACAAAAAAUGGCAACUGCAAAAAGAUCAAGCAGACUUGCUGAUAAACAGGAACGGGAGCGCCAGGAGCUUGCUGCCGCUGAGGAACUUAAAAAGCGUGAGGCCGAACGAAUCGCUGCGAAGAAGGAACAUCAACUGAAGGAGAAGAUUGAGAAAGAACGGCUGUAUCGAUUGAUGACUCGAGAGCAGCGUCUCAAAGACCGUGAAGAAAAACGAAGAUUACAAGAACAGCAUCUUGCUGAAAUGGAAGCGCAAGCGAAGAUGCUAGAAACAGGGGAAGCCAGGUUAUCGGAAAGGCAGUUGAAAGCGAUGAUGGAGAAGGGCAAGCAGGAUUUAGAAAACCUGCAGGCCGAAGAGCCAUGGACUUUUGAUUGCUCGGUUUGUGGGAUUCAUGGAGAGAAUUUGGACGACGGCUCGCACAGUGUUGCUUGUGAAAAUUGCAACGUAUGGCAACAUAGCCAAUGCCUUGGAAUACCGAAGGAGGAGGCCGAGAGAGACGAUUUCCACUUUGUCUGUGCGGAUUGUCAGCGACGGAUUGAGGACGCCAAACGGCCAAAGAUCCCGCCUUUGAAGUUUCGUAUACCGACUUCAACUUCUCCUCCCUCUGCUCCAGCAGCCAAGUCAAAUGGAGAAAAACAGAAGCAACAUCUGGGCGAAGAGUCUCCUGUGAAGAAACCUAAAAAGCCCCAUCCGAUCCCCCCUGGACAAGCGGCUGGAAUGAGCGUUCCUGGAGUACAAACGAGCUUCCAUACUAAUGCUCCGGCCUCGUAUCCUCAGAGCACUUAUCCGUCUGCAGCUCCAGUUGCUGCAAAUAUCCCUCCGGCAGCGCAUAUACAACGGCAGCCUAUGAAGAAUGGUACUUUUUAUCCUCCUAUUCAACCGCAACAACCACCUCCAGCUACUGCUCAGUUAAAUCGUUCAAUGCAGCCAGGCCAACAUCCAGAACCGCAGCUUAAAUUCAUCCAACACUAUCCCCCUCCAACAGUACCACAUUCCACGUCUACAUCGUUCAACUCCCAGCGCCCUUCAUCCUCCUAUUCGACGCAGAGUACAUACCCUUCUCCCAUUCAAAAUCGACCAUCAAUGUCUCCAACACAAGGAAACCGUGAUGUUGGACCAUUGGCUGGUUUCCGUGCUUCCGCAACGCAGAACGGGCCAAUGCCUAGCACUCCGUUUAGCCACAACGUUGCAAGUUCACCCUACCUGAACCAAACGCCAUCUGCUUCCUUCUCUACUCCCCACGCUUCCUUUGUUCAUACUCCUCCACCCAACUAUUCUCAACCUAUUUCCAUGUCCGGUCUCAGCCCAACGAAGCAGUCACCUCCACGCGCACCCCCGACUUUUUCGCCUAACGUGGGCAAUACAGCUGUUCUCCCUCCGGUACAGAAAUUGCAACCCAGUCCUAAGCUGAUGGGCCGAUCAUCUCCAGACGCUCCGGUCCCGACUCCGGUUAAGAGCAUGACUCUCGAACAGGAGGAUUGGCGACGGAGGGAGAUGGAAUAUCCAACUCAGAAUAUGUCGCCACAGCUAGGACCAGUUAAUUCCUCGACAACGCGGCCGCAGGCUCCGCAUCCGACCCAGCUGAUACCUCAGCCAACGAGCACUGCUGCUAAUGGGCUAUUCCACGGGGCAAAACCUCAAUAA